GCUCCCGUACUUGUGAAAUGGUAGCGUAGCAACCAAAACAGCGCAGGGGUAUUGAAUUGGUGGGACGAGGAGGACUUCUUGUCGUUCCUAUAAAAAUCAGUUUUACUUUGCGUGAGACAGAGAUGGAACUUACGCAUUUAGGCGAUCAAAUUCGUGUAGAACGAACACUGGCGAUCAUAAAGCCAGAUAUCUAUGAAAAAGCCGAGAAGAUCGAAGGUUUCAUCCUUCAGUCGGGCCUCACAAUCCUGCAGAAGCGAAGGCUGCAGCUGAGUCAAGAGCAGUGCAGUGACUUCUACUCAGACUGCAGCGGAAAACCUUUCUUUCCGAGCUUGAUGGCUUACAUGAGCUCCGGCCCGAUCGUUGCCAUGGUGCUGGCUUGUGAGGAUGCUGUCACACGCUGGAAGUCCAUCAUUGGUCCUGCCAGCAUCACAAACGCCAAAGAAAGUCAGCCAGAGUGUCUUAGAGCGAAAUAUGGAACUUCUGACCUGAAAAAUGCUCUUCACGGCAGUGAGUCCUUUCAAGAAGCUGUGAGGGAGAUUAAAUUCAUGUUCCCAAACUCUUUCAUUGAGCCUUCCCCUUCAAAGCAUGAAACCAAGGAAUACCUGAGCAGGUGUCUGAAGCCGGUUUUGCUUCGUGGACUCACAGAGCUUUGUAAAGAAAAGCCCCUCAAUCCUGUUAUUUGGCUUGCUGACUGGCUGCUGCAAAACAAUCCGAAUCAGCCUCAAACAUAUUUCUAACUCUUGGAUGAUAUCAAAAUAAAAGACUCAGGAAGUUCCAGAUGUAUUCAAUUUAUGUACCACUUUCUAUGAAUAAACACACAACUUUCAGCUGUG